GGAUGGCGCAUCCGGAGGCCCGGUCGUACUGUAUUUGAUCCACUGCCGCCGUGCCCAAUUGGAAUGUCGUACUCGACUUCAGAGUGUGCUCCGCACAUGGUACGUGUAUCAUUCUUGGAACGCGCCAAUCACUCCCACGGCUCGGGGGACGGGGGAUGCUCCGUGCCGCUAGUGCACCACUCCACCAAUUACCUGCUGUGGUACAGAUAUGAUCAAAAGACUCCUGUCGGUUCUUCCAAGGGCUAUGGCAGCUUCCCUUCCCCCGGUCACGUCUGAUUGCAAGCCUAUCCUGUCAACUACUGCUCAAGCCGCGCGCGCGGGCACAUUGACUUUGGGACCAUGUACGGAGGAGACAAUUUUAGCCUGCCGGCAACGUCCCGGUACCACACAUGGGCGGCCCACAGAGGCUCAACCUGACAGCGCAGGGGCCUGCCAGCACCACGGCAUAUUGCUUAGUGCGGAAAAGUCGGGCGUGCCGCAACCCAAACUCCCAAGACACAGCAACCGAGUUACAGGGAUCUCAGAGAUUUGUCGGUGGUAUGUGACUUGCGAUGUAGAUCGAUGUCAAAUUACCAAGGCAAAAUCGAGAGGCGGGCGCCAGAUCAAUUACUCGUUGGAGGGUGGUCUCCGAUGACCUGAUCUUGUCGGAGUACAACACCGGUUGACUAUGAUUGGUCCAAGCAGGAACAGGAAUAUCAGGCGGACAAAUGGGCCGUUCCUGCCUGAAGACGACUUACGACGAAAAAGUCUGGACGGUGAACUUUGCCAA